CGUCCCGCCGAGGGACCUCUCGAUGAGCCAAGCGGAGCGGAUCCGUAUUGCUAUCGAUGAUAGAAUCACGGAUACUGCUCUAACCCCAGGCAUGCGUGCUCCGUCAUUGCGCGGUCGUCCCUAUCUUCAUGAGGGGGCUUUCGCGUUUUGGUGCGAGGAUGCGAGGUCCCGCGAAUGGCUGGAGAACCAGGUGAAAUCCAUUCCCUCACCUAUCCCGGACACAACCCUGACAGUUGUAAAGCUGUCAGAAGUAAGGAGGAAACUGAGAGCGGGACUUCUCCUACACAGCCACAUUACCGACCCGGUGACGCUGCAAAAGGUCAUCAGCAACCAAAACCCUUGGUACAAGGUGGACACCUGGCAGUGCAUCAGCGCCUCGGUGACAGAGGGAGCAGAAGAAGCGGAGGAAGGUCCGUCAUCUAGGUACAAAGCUGUGUACCUGGUCCUGGGGAUCCCUGAGGACCAAAAACAGACCAUCCUCGACAGAGACCGUCGGGUAUCACACCUGUCUGGUGGUGGCUACAUCAGAUUCUUCAGUAGCAAGGAGGAAGAAUCGGAGGCCACCACCACAACCACAGCAGCGACGAAGGAGACGUCGACCCCUGAGCCAUCCACCUCAGCUCCCCAUCAGGGUCAGAGCGAGUUGGACAUAGAGCACCAAUCCCAUGCCCCCAGUAGGGACAUGGAAUGUGACUCUGUCUCAGACGCAGACGACGGUGGCUUCACUACCGUCAGUCGUCCGAAGAGGACCCGCAAAUCCGCGGCCUCCCCCCCUCCUUCCCCCCCUGCGAAGGCGCUGAAGGCCAACUCGGGCCUCUCUCAGCCCUCGCAAUCUUCCCAACCCUCCGGCUCGCAGUCGAGCACCGGGCGGACUGUCAGAGUCCCCCCAGUCUUUGUCCAGGACAAGGCGUCCUGGAACAAGAUUUCCGGCGCGCUCAAGGAGCGUCACAUUAAUUUCUNAUAG